ACUAAUAUUAAAGGAAAACAAUUGGUUACACAUAAAAAUUACACCUAUGACUGAAUAGUUUUUUUUUUUUUUUUUUUUUUGAAAUUGACUGAAUAGUGAAUAUACACUGAAUAAAGGUUCAGAUUCAUAUUAUUCACAGUAUUGGAAUCUCGUAUAAUGUAAUAAAUAACAAUUAAUAACAUUUACUAUAAAUUGCAAAUCACAAGAGUCCAAAAAGCGAAAAGAAUCAGCGUUGAAAUACAAUUGAGAGCGUAACGUAACGUAACAAUCCACACACUCUCUCACUCACACUCACUCUCGCGUAACUGAUUCUGUUACAGUUCUCGAUUCGGCAUGGCCUCCAUGGAGGACGAAGAGAAGAGAAUAACAGAAAAGUACACCGCGGCGGCGGAGGAGUUGGAGGUUUCGCCGAUCGAGGAGGUUCGGCUGGCGGUUCCGAACGACGACGAUCCGAGCCUCCCGGUAUGGACGUUCCGGAUGUGGUUUCUGGGGAUUAUAUCAGUGGUGUUGCUGUCGUUCAUGAACACGUUCUUCAGUUACCGGAAGCAGCCGCUGACGGUGACGAUGAUCUCGGUUCAGGUGGCGACGCUUCCGAUCGGGCGGUUCAUGGCGCGAGUGCUUCCGACGAGGCGGUUUCGGUUGUUUGGUAAGGAGUUUUCACUGAAUCCUGGUCCGUUCAACGUGAAGGAGCAUGUGUUGAUCUCGAUUUUCGCCAAUGCGGGUUCCGCGUUUGGUAACGGCGCUGCGUAUGCGUUGAGUAUUGUGGAUAUCAUCCGUGCCUUUUAUGGAAGGAGGAUCACGUUCUUAGCAAGCUGGCUUCUCAUUAUCACAACGCAGGUAUUGGGGUAUGGAUGGGCGGGGAUAAUGAGGAAGUACGUGGUGGAUCCGGCGGAGAUGUGGUGGCCGGCCACUCUCAUGCAGGUCUCUUUGUUCAGGACUAUGCAUGAAAAAGACAGCAAACGCAUGUCCAGAGAGAAGUUCUUUCUGAUUGCUCUUCUUUGCAGCUUUGCCUGGGCGGUGGUGCCCGGUUACCUCUUCGGCACUCUAACAGCUAUUUCUGUUGUUUGCUGGAUAUUUCCUAGAUCAGUAACAGCCCAUCAAAUUGGAUCCGGGUUAAAGGGACUAGGUUUGGGUUCCUUUGCACUUGACUGGAGCACCAUUGCUGGAUUCAAUGGAAAUCCACUGGUUGUUCCAUUCUUUGCCGUCGCAAACAUCAUCGUUGGCUACAUUGUGUUAAUCUACUUGGUCAUCCCUGGCUCAUACUGGGGACUUAAUCUCUAUAAUGCCAAGAAUUUCCCUAUUUUCUCCUCAAAGCUCUUCACUGCUCAAGGUCAAGAUUACAAUGUCACUGCCAUUGUCAAUGACAAGUUUGAGAUUGACAUGCAGGCUUACCAGGAACGAGGUCGAAUCAGCCUAAGUGUGUUCUUUGCUAUUAGUUAUGGUAUUGGCUUUGCUGGCGUUAUCUCUACCCUCACUCACGUUGCCUUGUUCAAUGGGAGGGAGAUAUAUCAACAAUUCAAAUCUUCCCAAUCUGGAAAGGUAGACGUUCACACAAGAUUGAUGAGGAAGUACAAGGACAUUCCUAAUUGGUGGUUUCAUGGCUCGCUAGUGGUAUCAUUUCUAGUUGCACUUGCAAUGUGUAUUUUCUUGAGAGAUGAGGUGCAAAUGCCAUGGUGGGGUCUCUUCUUUUCAGCUGGGCUUGCAUUAAUUUUUACUCUACCCAUUAGCAUCAUUACAGCCACUACUAAUCAGACUCCAGGUUUAAAUAUCAUUACUGAGUACAUCAUGGGGGUUAUUUUACCUGGCAAACCAAUAGCCAAUGUUUGCUUCAAGACCUAUGGUUACAUGAGCAUGACUCAGGCUAUUUCCUUUCUUUCUGAUUUCAAGCUGGGACAUUACAUGAAGGUCCCGCCACGGUCAAUGUUCAUAGUCCAGAUUCUAGGGACUGUGAUAGCUGGAACAGUCAAUCUUGUUGUGGGAUGGUGGUUGCUUGGUUCAAUCAAAAACAUAUGCCACGAAGAACUGCUGCCCACGAACAGUCCAUGGACUUGUCCUGGUGACAAUGUCUUCUUUGAUGCAUCCGUGAUUUGGGGAUUGGUUGGCCCAAAAAGAAUUUUCGGCUCACUUGGCAACUACGGAAAACUCAACUGGUUCUUCCUCAUUGGAGCAUUGGGACCAUUCAUUGUGUGGCUCCUCCAUAGAGUAUUUCCCAGUCAAAAAUGGAUUUCCUUCAUUCACAUUCCUGUAAUUCUCGGAGCAACUGGGAGCAUGCCACCAAGCAGCACAGUGAACUUCAAUUCAUGGAUCAUUGUUGCCACAAUCUUCAACUAUUUUGUAUUCAAGUAUCGUAAGAACUGGUGGCAGAGGUAUAACUAUGUGCUUGCAGCAGCUUUGGAUGCUGGAUUGGCUUUCAUGACGAUUCUUCUGUAUUUUGCACUUAACAUGGAGGGAAUAGGCUUGGACUGGUGGGGACAAAGUGAGCAUUGUGACCUUGCUAAGUGUCCAACUGCUAAAGGGAUUGAUGUUGGUCAGGGGUGUCCUGUGUUUUGAUUUGAUGACCAUAUAUCAGUCAUUGUAUAUAGUUCAUUACAUUUAGUUUCUGAAUUAUGUUUCUGCAAGUACUGUUUGAAUUUGGUUGUUUUAGUGUCUUGUUUGGACCUUUUAAAUUGUGAUUGUUUAUAUCUUUUAAAUAAG